AUGAAGUUUAGGCUGCGGUUGCCAAACAGUUCGCAGCCGGUGACGUUUGAUGUGGAGGAGACCACGCCGUGGAUUGCGUUUCUGCACGGUGUGGAGAGCCGGUCAGGCAUCGUGAAGGAGCGCCUGCGGAUUCUCUCUGGAUAUCCACCUCGAGUUGUAGAUGCGGCAGAUGCGGACUUGGUGGGGAGUCUGUUUAGGCAGGGAGACACACUCAUUGUACAGGAAGGGGAGGCAACAGUGGUAAGGGGUUUGACAAGGGGACGUUACGUCCCUCCCGCCCAUGAUAAAUGGCAUUUUAUUCGUCGUAUUUGUCCUUCCGAUAAUUCUUGUCUGUUCCAUGCUGCCGCGUAUGUGUUGCGAGAGAAGAGUCGAACGGACGGACCCAAAUUGCGCGAGGAAUGUGCCGCUGUCGUCUUGGCGAACCCCGACUACUUUAAUGAGUUGUUACUUGAGCGGCCGAAUAGUGAGUAUGUGCAGUGGAUCAGGCAACCCACUUCAUGGGGUGGGGCUAUUGAAUUAAUUAUCUUGAGUUUUUUGGCGCAAACGGAGAUUAUAGCGUUGGAUUUAGAAUCGGCUCGAAUGGAGCGUUUUGGACAAGACAUGGAAUAUACUGUUCGGGCAUUUGUUGUUUACACGGGACGGCACUACGAUGCUAUCGCCAUGAAUCCAAUGUACAAUUCACCCAGAGAGAACGAGGACCAGGUGCUUUUCAAUGUGCGUGAUGAAGGUGUCAUCGCUCGGGCUGAGCGCUUUGUGUUGGAAGAGGCAGAGAGAAUGAAGCACUGA